AUGAGGCCGAAAGUUUUGUUCGUGAUUUCACUUUGCGUUAUUUAUUUGUCAACAACCGCGCUCAGCAAUGGCGAUUUGGAAGCGGGUCACACCUACGGCACGAAGCUGAUACAUAAUGGGACUUACGAGAAAACGGGAAAAGAGCUGAAGAAGCGCUCGAAGGAGAUAGAGGUGAAGGCGCCGCACAACCAGAGGAUCCAGGCGAUCGUCGUGAAGGACUGGUUGGGCGACGGCGCCAGCCACAUCAGGGCAGGAGGGGUCGGCAAGAGGAAAGUUUCGCUCAAGUUGAAAAGCCCUAAAAGCAGAGGAUUCAAAUUCUCCGUGUCUGUUUAUGCGUUC